GCCAGUGCGCCCCAGGGAAGGUCCCACACACUGGGGCCUCCUGUGCUGUGGACCAGUGAAGGGCAAAUGCAGCCUGGUACCAGGGUGCUGUGGUCACAAAUAUUUGUGCAGCAGUACAGAUCACAUAGCACAUGCUGUGGUGCAGCAGGGAGAGAAGGUGGGCAGAGGAGGAGGGCCAGCUGGGCUGGUGGGGCAGGCAUUGCACCAAGGGCCAAUGUCCUGGGGCUGGGCCAAGUGGGGUGGUGCCUGCAUGUCUCUGCCCUCUGCCCUGGAUCCCACAGAGUGACCAGGGGCAGCAGCAGUUGUGGCUGAGAGCCCCUGGUGCUGGAGGGGCCAUUAAAACUCCAUGGCACCCAGCAGCAGUUGGUCUCCAGCACCGGUGCUCUGGAAGGUUCUCCACAGGCGGCAGUUUCCACAGCGGUUGACUGUUACUCCUCUGGCAUUGCGCUGCUCCUGUAAAGUUUGUCAGACUGCAUAGAUGUAGCCCUUCAGGAAAAAAAAAAUGAAGAUAUAUGAGACCUACUGAAACUGCUUCUACAUUCUUUUUCCUUGGGAAGCCUUCCUAAUGCGUACCACUACCUGCACGUGGUAACUCAUCUGUCUAUGCAGAAUAUGUGUUCAAAACCAUAAUGCUUUUAUGAUGCCAGGAACCAGUACUACAUCUCCGCUGGUGCUAGAGUAUCAGCAAAUGAAGAAUGCAGAAAAUUUCUCUACCAGAAGUUUCAACACACUAGAAAAUGUUGGCAUGACUUCCGCUGACAGAGAAAAGUUCUCCUCAAAGGUUUCUAACACUCAGAGUAAUGAAACUUCAGCUAAAGAGCACUCUUUGGGAAGAUGCCCCUUACUAACUCAUACUGACCGAGAGGACAAAGCACCAGUUUCAGGAAUCUGUGAACAUCUUAAGGUUACUGAAGAAUCUGAAGCUGAGAUUUUAAAGUAUGAUUUAGAGAUACCACCUGAAGCCAAAGUCUUAUCAAUAUCACUUUCUUCUUUCCCACCUAUGAUACAGCAACUGAUGUCAGACAGAACUAAAAAUGACCCUGAAGUACGGGAGGCUACAGAAAUACCAACUGUUACUUAUAUUUGGCCAGUAAUAAAGAUGGAAGAGGCUUCCAAACCCUUUUGGGACAAUUUUCCAAAGUCCUUAAUACCAACCAGCACAAAUUUAGCAAGACCCUGUUCUAGUUGUGAUAAAGUAACUAAAGAUGCGAGAAGUUCCCAGAUAACCCCAGUGAAACAAUUUGCACGAGAAGAGCUAGUCAGCAAGACAGCAAGAUCAUAUCCUCUUAUUGUAAAGUCAUCUAACAGCUUUGUUUCAGGAAUUUUAAGAUCAUUAACCGAUACCAAGUAUAAGGAUUAUAAAAAUAUUUUACCACUUACAUCUAUCAGCCCUACUGAUGAGAAAAUGAAAAUUCCAGUCUUUAAGGAAAAUGCUGUGAUGAUUCGUAAUGGGAAAGUCUACCUCCUGUACAUAAAGAUUCAUGAAGGCAUGCCACUAGUAAUAGAAAUACAGAGACGAAAUAUAUUGCUUAGGAAGACCACAAUUUGUUUCAUUCCUUGCAGAGCUAUCCAUGACAUAACUACCAAAGCUUCAGAUACACUCCUGUCAAGACAGUAUGUUGCAAAACAGAACUUAAAAUGUCUUCCAACCCUUGCUACCCAACAAGAUGAAAUUUCAAAGUUCCUCAGCAAGGCUGCCUUCCCAUCCUAAGAAGACUUGAAAAAACAAGAGGGAAGGAAGCAUUUUGGGCAGAAGACAAUGAACUAAAAAAAGAAUUUUACAUUAUUGAAGAUGGCAAGAGUCUAUUUCAAGAGGACAGCAUUUUAAUAUAACUCUUUUGUUCAAGUUCUUAAUCUGCAGCAAAGUUAGUUAUCAGUAACAAAUCAGUAUUUCUUUUAGAUCUAUUAUCUCUUGUUCAGUCUGUACCAUUAAACUUACAUUUUGUCAGAUGGAUUUUAAAUCAACAACUCCUGCUCCUUCCAAGAUCUCUGAGAAUGAUCUGCUUUUAGUGUCUCAACAUAAUAUCAAAACGUGUCCCAGAAAUCAGUCUGCCAUUUCUUUGCAGAUUAUAUUCAGUGUUACGUUUUGUCAUUUUCUGCUGACUUUAUGUUCUUUGUAGUUAGUUAUUGAAGUAAUAAAAAGAUGCUUUAUGUCCUCUAAGCUGUUUCUUCUUUCUUUCUGUUUUGUGUUCCUUUUAUGAAAAUUAAUUUUAUGUAGAGGUUGCAAUACUGGAUUAACCCCCCUUUUUUUUUUUUUUUUUUCUUCUGAGUCUUUUUGAAGCAUGUUUUACAUGCAAGUACCCCUUUCUAAAGGGGACAGAGUAACUAGAAUAUUCAGGAAAAGAGACAAUCACUGUAUUUUAGCAUUAAAUGCAAAGUGAGAACAAUUUCUAAGCAUAUGAUCAGGUAUGCAUUACCUAGACAAUCCAAGAU